AUGUCUGCUAUUUUCAAUUUUCAGAGUCUAGUGACUGUAAUCUUGCUGCUUAUAAGUACGCGUGCUUAUAUCCGAUCCCUGGGACCCAGCAUCCUGGACAGAAAUAAAACUGGACUAUUGGGAAUAUUUUGGAAGUGCACCCGAAUUGGUGAACACAAGCGUCCUUAUGUCGCCGUAUGCUGUAUAGUGAUGGCCUUCAGCAUCCUCUUCAGACAGUAGCUUUGGGAACCACCAGUAUGUGAUUGCCAUCAGACUGUAAACAAGGACUUGCCUCCAGAAAACAGUGGGAAGAAUGACUAAGUCUCUGAACAUGGAAUGAGAGAAAUUUCGCGAUGCUCUUCUCUAUUUUUAUGCUGUUGGACCAAUGAGCUGUAUGAAUAAUUAAGAUGUA